CUUCCAGCAUCUCGGGACGAGCGGAGGAUCCCGGUUCACCUCGCGCACAGGUCGCGCACAGCGAUGGGAGUGGAGCGCGGGCUGUUCUGCCUAUGACACGGACGCGCCGGGCGGGAAGGAUGGCUCUCACCAGCCGGGACAUGCUGUGCUUGAUCGGAACCGCCUGCCUCUGGCUGCCGUUGUUGGCGGAGGUGGUGGCUGAGGACAGUUACUUAAACGAGGUGCAGAACUCAGUGCCUCUGUCCUGCUCUGAGGGAUUCACAGAGUUGGGCUACUACAACGGCACCGUGUCUCAGACGGAUUCUGGCGCCCCCUGUCUGAAGUGGACCGAGUUUCCAGACUACGUCAUGCAGUACCCGGGCCGAGGGCUGGGCGACCACAGCUACUGCAGGAACCCGGACCGAGAGUCCAACCCCUGGUGCUUCUUCAGACAAAACUCUGGAGCCAUCGGAUGGGCCUACUGCGACUGCCACCAGGGUGCGGCUCGCCUGGUGGGCAGCUCGACCUCCGGCAGUGGCCGAGUCGAGGUCUACCUGAACGGCCAGUGGGGGGCGGUGUGUGACUCCCACUGGUCAGACAGAGACGCCAGUGUGAUCUGCAGGCAGCUGGGCCUCGGCGACAUCGGCGCGGCGCUGCAGCCGUCGCAGUUCGGCUCCGGCUCCGGCCUCUUCCACUACGAGCGCCUGGGUUGCCGCGGCGACGAGAACACGCUCAGCUUAUGCUGGAGCAGGACGUUCGUCACCGGCGACUGUAGCCAUGGAAACGAGGCCGCAGUGGUGUGCGCGCCACCGGAAGGCAGCGGCCCUCCGCUGCGAUUGGUCGGAGGCGAGGAAGACUUUGAAGGUCGAGUGGAGGUGUUUCACUCGGGAAGGUGGGGCUCCGUCUGCGACGACCAGUGGGACGACAGAGAUGCUGAGGUGGUGUGCAGACAGCUGGGUUACGGGGGGGUGGCGAAGGCCUGGUCGUGGGCUCACUUUGGUCAGGGUUCAGGCCCGAUCCUGUUGGAUGCGGUGAGGUGCACAGGAAACGAGCUCUUUCUGGAGCAGUGUCCCCAUGGCGACUGGGAGCAGCACAACUGUGACCACAUGGAGGAUGCUGGGGUGUCCUGCAGCCCUUAUACAGAUGGAGUGGUGCGUCUGGUUGGAGGAGACAGUCCCUGGGAGGGUCGGGUGGAGGUUUUCCACAACAGUGACUGGGGUACGGUGUGUGACGACCACUGGAACCAGCAGCACGCGGAGGUGGUCUGCAGACAGCUGGGCUACAGAGGUCACGCUGAGGUCGUAUCCGAUGGGACGUUCGGCGAGGGCGUCGGCCUGAUCCUCCUGGACGACGUCCACUGUGAGGGAUCUGAGACCUCCCUGCUGGACUGUCCACACGGGAUCUGGGGCCGCACCGACUGCUCCCACAGUGAGGAUGUUGGUGUUCGCUGCAGGAGACGACCGAGCCCAGAAACCAAUGAAGUGCCGGUUAUCUCGCCUUCCACGGGCCCCCUGGUGCGUCUCGCGGGCGGCGGCAGCAGAAAGGAGGGUCGAGUCGAGGUGUAUCUCCGUGGCGACUGGGGAAGUAUUUGCGACUCGGGCUGGAACGACCUGAAUGCAGCCGUGGUGUGCAGACAGCUGGGACACGGUGGUGGAGCGGUCGCAUCCAGAGGGUUCGGCCAGGGGAAAGGGCUCAUCCACCUGGACCAGGUGAGGUGCACUGGGAAGGAGGAGUUCCUGGGAGAGUGUCCGUCUCUGGGUCAGAGCAUCCGGGGCUGCAGGCGGCGGGUGGACGCGGGAGCGAGGUGCGACGUCACCCCGCGGGAGUCGGCGGUGCCGGCCAAGACUCGGGAGCUGAGCUGUGGGCUGAGGAAGCUAGUGGAGGAGGAGAGCAAGAGGAGGAACCAGGGCGAGGAAAACGUGCUCGGCGCCUCGUGGCCGUGGCAGGUGUCCGUGUGGCUGCGGUCUGAAGCACAGGAUGGCGAUCCUCUCUGCAGCGGCACCCUGAUCAGCCCCUGCUGGGCCCUGACGUCCGCCUACUGCGUCAGCAGGUUCAGCGGCGAUCCGUCCAGCUACGUGGUGCGUGUCGGGGCUUCGGCGCAGACGCUCGUCCCGGAGCGGGUGGUGGUUCACCGGAAGUUCAAGGGUCAGAGCGGCGGUCACGAUCUGGCUCUGUUGAAGCUACCCAGCACCGAGGGUCACUGUCUGACCUUUGACCCCGACACCAACGCAGCGUGCCUCACGGACACGGCACUGGGAGGGGCCGCUCCGUCUUCUUGCGUUGUCACGGUUGCCGCUGGCUGGACAGGACCAGACUCGGUUCUUGCAUCCUGGGUCCCUCUGAUGUCGUCAUGGCAAUGCAAGAAGCGCUACGGCGACAGCUUCUCCAGCCACGGCACCCUGUGUGCAGGCAGUCCUCCGGACACCAGCCUCCUGCAUGACGACAGUUGUCAGGGCAACUCCGGAGGCGGGCUGGUGUGCCAGGCGCAGACGGGCCGAUGGGUCCUCAUCGGGGUCGUUGCCGGGGGUUACGGCUGCGCCGGCCCCUCGUCUCCCGCGCUCUACACUCGAGUCAGCCGCUUCAGGAGCUGGAUCCAUGAGGUCACGGACACACGAGAACAUGCAGAGGAAUCGAACGCACACGCGGACACACAAGAGGAUCUGACACGCGUUGACAAUGACCGACACGCGCGCGAGGAACACACACGCGUCGAGGGCAAGGAUGAAAAGCUCCGCGCGCACGGAAAACUCAAACACACACAAGAAACCAAUGAAAUCAGUGAUGCUCAACAUCAACACAGCCACCAUUCACACGCCAACCAGCACGGCAACACACACGCGCAUCGUGUCGGGGACGCCGGCGCAGACACACACGGUCCGGUCUGAUUGAGGCCGUGUCAUUGGCUGGACCACCUGCGCCAUGUGACCCGGAAAGAGGGUUUAAAGGAAGACAAAAGUAAACUUUAAAAGAAAGAUGCUCCGAACGGAGGUCAGUACAGAGGUCAGUACAAACGCCGUCUCUGCUCAUUAAGAAUCUGGACCCGUGUUGUGUGUGUGUGAAGAGUGUGUGUGAUCUGUGGCGCUUUUCAUGCGAGUGACAGCCUGUUGAGAAUGAGAGCGAUGGCUGAUGGGGCCUUUCACUGAGACUGAAUAUCCACAAAAUCAGCAUGGCAUGUAUUCUAAGGACAAUGUUUCAAAAAUAAAUUUUCCGGGGAUAUUCCUAAGAUGUUCACACAAGAAUCUAUGCUAAAAUUCACCCUUUAAUGUGUGUCUUCUGUGUCUAACAAUACAAAUCAUCAAACUAACCACCAGGACAUCUCGAAUGAAGGCUGGCUGUAGAUCAUCAUUGUCUCUUUAAGAUUAUUGAUGUAGAAUCGUAGAUUAACCCCAAACAGCAUCAGACGUCACACUUCAGAUGUUCCACCAGGGCUCGUCUCUUCAGGCUCUUUCACGCUUACUGGUGAAAGUGAUGAAGCUAUUUUACUGAGGACCAGACCGGUUGUUCUUCAUGUUUGAGUCGAUUCAUUCACAUCACCAAUGAUUUACACAGACUAUUUUUACUCAUUAGCUGCAACCCUAAAAAACAACUGGGCUUUCAUUGUGAAGUAUAAUGGGUACCGUUUUCUAUAUUAAGGCACACGUUCAUAAAAAAGUGUACUUUUUUUUUAGUAAUGGCUAAUAAUUUGUCUGCUAUUAAUUUAUAGAUCAGCUUUUGAGUUGCCAGGUUUAUAAUUAUUUAUUUGUUUGUUUAUUGGAUCCCCAUUAGCUGACGCCUUAGCGACCGCUAAUCUUCCUGGGGUCCACAGAAAGGACAAAAUACAAUACAUACAAAACAUAUCGUGAAUCCAACAGUUAAAAAUAGUACAACAAAGUAAAAGAAAAAGAAAAAAUAGUGCAGUCAGAUGCUCAGUACAGUUAAAGGAUAAGAUAUAUGUUAUGUUGUGCAGAUCAACUUAAGUCAUACAAAGAAUAAGAAAAGGAAAAUCAGAUGACUAAAAAGCAAUAGAAUACGUCAAGUGGUGAAUGUUCUUAGGUGCGCCUUUAAUUGUUUUUUUAAUGAUAAAUUGUUACUCAUGUGAGUUAAACGAGGAGGCAGUAGGUUCCAAGCGGUAAUUGCACGAUAGAUCACAGUAUGUUUGAGGAGGUUAGUUCUUGGGGUUGGCGGUAUCAAUUGACCUAAACUAGCAUUCCUAGUGUUAUGGUUAUGUCUGUUAAAUGUGUAUUGUAACUGAUUGAAGAAAUAUACCGGUGUCUGAUUAAAUACUACUUUCCUGAAAAACAUGAGAAGACAAAAGUGAAGUUGAGUUUCAACUGAGAACCAUGACAGGCGAGAGUGCAUAUAUGCAGUAUUAGUUCUAAUUGAACACUGGAGUGCUAAUCUGGCAGCUCUGUUUUGAACCAUUUGUAGUUUGUGUAUGUCCUUCUUAGCAGCCACUGCCCAUAUGAAUGGACAGUACAUCAGAUGACAAAAGACCAGUGAGUGUAACACCUGACAAACAACAGGGAGAGUUAAAUAAGCAAAACACUAACAUUUACCAACUUCUACUUUUGGCUUAUUCGUAAAACACCUUUUUUAUUAAUGUGUAAUUAACAUUAAUAAUGGCAGGCUUGAUAUUAGAAAGUAGCAAACAAACCGAUUGCAAACAGAAAAGCUGUAAUUUAUUAACCAUGAAGAAACUCAUUACUUAGAUCUUAUAUAAUCCCUUCAUAAAGGAGGUUUUAUUAGAACGUGUCAGCGGUCAACAUUUAAUCCACACCUGCAGAGAGCAUAACAUAUCAAUUCCCGUUUUCUUUGCAUCUUAAAUGUGAUCUACUCCAAACUUCCCUCACUUUCAGGAAACGGUUUCCAUUAAUUUCACAUGAAACACUCUUGAAACUUGAAUCUAUCACAAUAAAUGUUAAAUCAGCAUUAAUUUUUUUUCUCAGAUCAAUUAACCGGCAUUACCUCACGACAAUAAUGGAGAAAAGCGUCUCGCAGACGUGAUCGAUCGAAUUACACAACUCGAGUAAGAGUCUGCUAAUUGAUUUAUUAAGUGGGGGAAAAAAUUAAACAGGAAGAUAUGGUUUUCCUCAGCAGUUAUGUUAAGUGUAUAUAAUUUAUUCAGGGGAUCAAACUUGAAAACACACCGGUGUGGUCCUUUUUAAACUGUACAGAAUAAUUAUCUCCUUCUAAAAAGCCAUUGGAAGCUGUCGGGUUGUAAAAUAUCUUUUUGUAUCGAUCGGCUCUCGAUAGAUGAAUAGAUGAAUAGAUAGCUGCUAGUCCUGAGAUUAGAUAGUUUGUGUUACUGCAUUUCAUUCUCGACUGGCUUAGAUAGACGAACUCUAGUUAAAUGUUGUCUGUUCUGUUGUAUUCUAAGCAGAUGCGCGAUCCAACCACUAGGUGGCGACAUUGUUCUCUUCCCCCGGUCGUUGGAUGAGUGGCCCUGAUUUUCUUUUUAUACUAUAAGUGUUGGGACUUGACUUGUGCUUUGAUGUGCUGUGAACCAUUGUGUCGUGAAGCAUCCUGUAACCUGCAGCGGCGGUUCUCUCCGACAGGGAGCCGCCGGCAUCGCCUGCCCAUGAGCCCGUGUGUCGUCAUGGAGGUUCAUGUACUGUGUGUCUGGCUGGACGGCGAGGGGGCAGCGCGCCGUGUUUAAGGCCUUCUGUGUUAAACUACUUCCUGAGUGUAAUGUGCUGAAUCCUGGUUGAGUAUUAAAAGAUAUACCUGGUGAGAACA